ACAUCCUGAUAGCGCUACAUGGCGCGCUCGCGCACACAUGGUUCUCACGAGUUCGCGCGAAUGUACUCCCCCGCCCUUUCCUCCCUCCGAAUCGUCUGGUGGUCCCGGCGAUCUUCCUACGGAUGUCGGCGCCCCCGAAAGCUUGCCUUUCGUUGUCUACCGCAGGCACGAGGAGUUCUGGUUCGAGGACGGGAACGUCAUUGUCGUGGCGCGCGGCGGCGUCGGAUUUCGCGUUUACAAGGGCGUUCUUUGCGAAGCGGGAACUGCUUGGGGGCCAAUGUUCAGCAGGCAUGAUGGGCCGAUGCACGAAGGCGUCCCAGUCAUCUCUCUCACGGAUGACCCUGGAAAUCUUACUCUUGUGAUGAGGAGACUCAUGCCGCCCCAAAGAAUGGGCGCCGCUCCUCCAAGCUUUCUUGACAUCACGACCCUGUCCGCAUGCGUUCGACUCGGGUUCAAAUACGGGAUGGACACGUUGAUCACGCAUUGUCGGGACUUCCUACUAGACCUAUUUCCUUGCGAUUUUGACGAAUGGCUGGACCUGGAAGGCCGCAAGUUCUUGCGCACACUAGAGGAGCGGGCAGAGUUCCUCGUUCCCCUUGUCAAUCUAGCGCAUCUGUUACAGUACUGGUACUUCGUGCCCGCCGCCCUUCUUCUCGCAUGCACGGUUCCAGAGGCCCAGCUUGUCAGUGGGUUUGAUUUACCCGACGGGACGACCGAGCGGCUCUGCGCCGAGGACUACGCUCGCGUGGCGCAUCUCCAUAGCGAGCUGAGAGCGCGGCUGCCAGUGAUGCUCUGGGAGCUGCUCGACGAGUUUCACCCCCCUUCCACCUGCGUCAAAGGCCCAGGGGAGUGCAGCGCGAGUGUGAAGUCGCC